CUUUCGUCUUUCUGACCCCUAUUUCCGUCAACUGAACGGGGCCUAGGGUUUUUAAAGGAUUUUUGUUUCUCUUUUCUUUCCGUUAUUGCAAAGAAACGUUUGAGCGAGUGCCUCCAUGUCUACUCAGGCUAUCUACGGCGUAAUGCCGGAAUCCUUAUCGGCAUCAGGUCGGACGUCAGAGAAGCUAAGCCUGCCGUCACUACAAUCCAAGAUGAAAUGUGAUCCUGAGGGAUAUGAGUCUGAGCUAGUCCUCCUCCGCAACCAAUUCGAUUCGUUAUUGGAACUCUUUGAGCAACAAGCGGUGAUGAAGUUCACCUCUAUCAAUGGCAUCGGUAGCGACUCCUCUGUAGCCAAAGACCUUGCUGAUAGAGCUAUGUUCUUGGCGCACGUCACUCCCUUUUAUCCUACGCAUCUUGCUGACUUCCCCAGAAAGCUUGCGGAAUUGCUACGCUCUGCUGGAAGCACGCUACCAUCUAACCUUCGGUGUCACCUGACGCAGGCUCUCAUCCUCCUCGUGAAUAGACAGAUUGUUGAUAUUGGGGAAACACUUCAAUUGUUUAUGAAUCUUCAAACCCUUGGUGACAGAACGUUAAGGAAGCUGGCGUUUGAUCAUGUUGUUCAUAGCAUUAGGCGCAUGAAUCAAAAGCAUAAAAAUGAAGCAAAGAACCGAGCGCUUCAAAAUAUAUUGUUUGGGAUGCUACAGCAAGAAGAUGUAGCAAGGGCUAAGCAAUCGCUCAUCACUUUGUGUGAACUGCACCGGAGGAAAACAUGGUUUGAUGAUAGAACUGCAAAUGCUAUCUGUACAGCUUCCUUUCAUCCAUCGUCAAGGAUCAUGAUAGCUGCAUUGUCAUUUCUUUUGGAUUAUGAGAAGAUUGAAGAUGAUGAAGACAGUGACAAUUCCAGCAGUGAAGAUGAAUCAUCUGCGCAACCUCAAGUUCUUCUUAGUAAGGAGGCAAUUUACAAGGCACACCACAAAGGUACAGUAGCUAGCAAGAAAAAGAAGCAGGCUAAACUGCAGCGUGUCAUGCGUAGCUUGAAAAGACAGCAACGCAUGUCCUCUGGAAACAAGAACACCAGUUAUUAUUCACCACUUAAUCACCUGAAAGAUGCACAGGGUUUUGCUGAGAAGUUGUUCUCUCGCCUUCAAAGCUGUAAUGAACGAUUUGAGGUUAGGAUGAUGAUGCUGAAAGUGAUUACCCGAACUGUUGGACUUCACCAAUUGAUUUUACUAAAUUUAUAUCCUUUUCUUCAGAAAUAUGUUCAGCCACAUCAACGAGAUGUCACAUAUUUGCUUGCAGCAGCUGUACAGGCUUGCCAUGAUAUGGUUCCUCCUGAUGCAGUCGAGCCCUUGUUUAAGCAGAUAGUAAAUCAAUUUGUGCAUGAUCGCUCACGUCCAGAGGCUAUUACUGUUGGACUAAAUGUGGUGAGGGAGAUAUGCAUGCGGAUGCCUUUGCUGAUGACAGAGGAGUUGCUACAAGAUCUUGCAUUAUAUAAGAAAUCACAUGAUAAGUCAGUUUCAAUUGCUUCUCGUUCUCUGAUUGCCUUAUUCAGAGAGGUUUGUCCUUCACUACUAAUUAAGAAGGACCGUGGGCGGCCCAUUGACCCUAAAGCAAGACCAAAGGCCUAUGGAGAAGUUAGCGUUGCAGCUGAUGUUCCGGGUCUUGAGUUAUUACAGACUCUUGACAAUGAUGAUGGGCAGGAGGGUGAUGAUUCGGAUGACUCUAUAUGUUGUGGCUCUGACAAUGAUCAUGAAAUUGAUGCUAACGGUAAUGAAGAGACGCAGGUGACUGGUGGUGAUAUUGGAAGUGAGGAUGAUGACACAGAUGGUAGUGAUGUUGGAUCAGAAAAUUUUGAUGAUAUUGAAGAUGAGGAGGACAAUCUCGAAGACAAUCAGCAGGUUGAUGAAGAGGAUGGUGAGGGUAUGGAACAUGAUGAUAGUGAUCAAAAUAUUUCUAGUGAUGAUGAUCUACAUGCAUCUGGUGAUGAUGAUCUCCACUCAUCUAGUGAUGAUGAUCUACAUGAAUCUGGUGUUGAUGAGAGCAUAGAUAGAAAGAGUAAAACUGAACAACCCUUAGACAGAAAAAGGAAGUUUACUGAUUCUACUGAACAACUUAAUGCUGAUGAUGCAAGUCUUCGAGCUUUGAAGAAAAAAUUGAAAUCAGACUUUACUGAUAGAAUACUUUCUAAUGAGGAUUUCCAAAGGAUCAAGAAGCUAAAGGCAAAGAAGGAAGCUAAAAGUGCACUGGCUCAGCAUGGGUUAGCAAAGUCAACAGCAGUUAAGGCUGCAAGCUCUGAUCAACUUAGUUUGAAACCUUUGGAUCCUGCCAAGCUUGAAGUUCACAUGAGGAAAAAACUAAGCAAGGAUGAAAGAUUGGCGUUGAUUAGAGCAGGAAGGGAGGAUAGAGGAAAAUACAUUGCUCGAGCAGCUGUCAAACAGAAAAAGACGGGUGGCCUGAGCAACCGACAGAAAGAGCACAAGAAGAAGAUGCCUCUGGCUGCGAAGAGAGAUAAGGUGGCAAAAUCUCGUAUAGAGAAAAAGAGAAAACAGAAUCGAUCAGGCAAACAGUUCCGAGGGAGGAAAGCCUGGAAAUAGUCAAAUUAUGUACACAGUAUUGAGUUAUGAGCCAUGCAGUUUUGUUUUUCAUCUUAGGAUUUCACCCACCAUCGCAUCAUAUUUCAUGACAUUUUGAUGCAUUUUUUUUUCACCCACGUUGUCAUGGUAGUUCAUUAGAUGCAGUUUUGCCCCCCAUUCGUUUCCUGUAGUGUUUUAGUUCGUUCUUUCCUGAAGAUUUCAUUGACGAAUCUGCAGUUACAGAUGUAUAAUGUCAAGUGUUUCUAGUGAGAGUAUUGAUCUUUAUUAUGCAGUCAAA